AUGACCCCUAUAGACAUCUCCACUGCAAGGGCCCUUGGCAGCACCACCGUCCCUGCAGCGGUGUCCCCUAGGGCCCUCCUUAGUGAAGGCAGAGCCGCUAGGGGCCCUACCACGGGAGGCGGAGCCCCCAGAAGCCCUGGAAGGUGUUCUUCCAGGGGCUGUGGCACCCAGAGGGGCCCUCCCAAGAGCGGUGCCUGCCCCAGGGGCCCUCCCAAGUGCGAUGGGGGCUCCGCCUUCACUAAGGAGGGCUCUAGGGGACACCGCUGCCAUUGUGAGGGCCCCAAAGGAGCGCCGCCGCCCCUAUUAGGUUCCCUAGUGGCGCCUCUACAUCUGGGAGAGCCCCUGGGAGCGUCGUCGCCCAGGGAAGCCCUUGAGGGUGCCGCGGUCCUUGAGGGUGCCACGGCACUUGGGAGGGUCCCUGGAGGAGCUGAUGCACCUGAGAGGGCCCCUGGGGAUGCCACAGCCCCUAUGAAGACCUCUGGGGGUGCCUCCAAAACUGGGAGUGACCCUGGCCACGCCACCGCCCUUGAGAGGGUCCAUGGGAGCGCCGCUACCCCUGGGAAGAUCCCUGGUAGUGCCACAGCCCCUGGCAAGGCCCAACUGCCCUUGGGAGGACCCAGGGGGGCAUCACCACCCCUAAGGAUGGCCCCUGGGGGUGCUGCCGCCCUUCGGCGGGUCCCCUAG